UUCCGGUGCUCUUCCAGGGCUCUGGCCAGGCCAGUUUCAGUGUCUGUUUUCGGCAGGCCUGAGGUUCAGACUGUACAGCCAGCUGGCGUUCCCCACCCACAGCUGACCCGCCGUGAGUUCCAAACCAGUGCUGUUUCCAGGGAUAUCGACACUGCUGCGAAGUUCAUUGGUGCCGGUGCUGCCACGGUUGGCGUGGCCGGGUCAGGAGCGGGUAUCGGGACGGUGUUUGGCAGCUUGAUCAUUGGCUAUGCCAGGAAUCCAUCUCUCAAGCAGCAGCUUUUCUCCUAUGCCAUCCUGGGCUUUGCCCUGUCCGAGGCCAUGGGUCUCUUCUGUUUGAUGGUGGCAUUCCUUAUCCUCUUCGCUAUGUGACAACUCCUGGUCCUGGCUGUGGCUCCGUCACUUUGUUCUCUGCGGUUCAAGGCUGCUUCCAUCACAGCGUUCCAGACUGACCAUUAAAGAAAAGAUUUCUCUAAAUAAAC